AUGGGUCCUUUUGCUUAUUCUCCAAAUCAUCUUUGGAAAGUAAUAAAUCAAAGAGAUUUUGGAUUAUUAAAAUCCAUAGGUGGUCUCAUUGCUAUUAUAGAGGGUUUACGCACUGAUUGUACUAAUGGUUUGAACGCAAAUGAGGAAUCUAAACCUUUAGCACCAAAGUUCAGAGAUGAAUUUCCAAAUGUGUCUGGUUAUGAAAAUAUUCUAGAUGAAUAUCCGGACAGUGAAAUUAAUUUCAUGGACAAUAUUCCGUUCUCUGAUAGAAUAAGAGCUUUUGGUAAAAAUGUUUUGCCUGAGGAUAAAACUAAAUCAUUUCUUGAUUUUAUAUAUGAAAACGUUACCAUUAAAAUUCAAUGGAUUAAAGGUAUUGCGAUCAUUAUUGCAAUUUUAAUUGUAGUAUUGGUUGGAAGUUUGAGUGAUUGGCACCAGGAAAAACAAUUUAGAAGAUUGAACGCAAAGAAAGAAGAUCGUAAAGUUAAAAUUAUUAGAGAUGUUGGUGAUAUAGUUCAAUUAGAACUUGCUGACGGAAUUUUGAUUUCUGGUUAUAAUAUUCAUUGUGACCAAAUCUGA